UCGGACUGCGAUCCUAUUUUCUGUGUGUUUUAUGUGGUAGUCUAUAAAACUACUAAGUAUAAUAAUGUUACAUGUGUCAGAUUGGUAUACAAAGUGACGUCAAAGAUUAGAACCUAGAAUCUUUCCGCAGUCUUAAAUCUGCUAUUUAUAAGUAGUAACUAGGUAGCAGUAAUAUACUAUACUACUACUAACACCCAAGUUUAAACAUAGUAUGUUUUUCAAAUAUCCAGACCACAAAUAGAGGGUGAAAGUUUUUACCUAUCCUAUUAUUAUGAAGAGCCAUCUUUUCAGGACAAUAGAAAAGAAACAAUAUUCAACGAAUGUUUGGGAAGCUUGAUAAUUAGGAUUAUAAAAACCAUAGGGAUAAACCUGGAAUGUAAUCAUGUAGCAUGGUGGGCCAAUAUGGCUACAGUGGCUUUCGUGGUCUGUUUCUUCCUGCAAACCAUAGAGUUAGUGACUGCGGAAAAUAGUGCGCGACUGUUCGAAUGCUUCAGCAUUCUUAGCUUCUGCUCCAUGGGGAUGCUAAAACUAUAUUUCUUGCGGAUUUACCGAAAAAUAUGGCUGCAUAUGUUAGCUCAAAUGAGAAAAUUAGAAAAACAUGUUGGUCACAACGAAAUGCCUGAAGAAGAGUACGAGUCGGACGAUGAUACUCUUGAUUUGACAGUUUUUGUUAAAAAUUAUACACAACAAUUUGAAUCCACAUCGACCUUACUAUCGAAAAUUUACAGGUCGACGGUAACAGGUUUCAUAACAUCUGUUUUUGUUGAGCAUGCACUUCUCAAAGGAACUGAUGGAUGGCAUAUUUUGCCUUGUUGGAGUGGCUUCGAUCAUGUUCACGUAGCCAUUUAUAUGGCAACAAUUUUAAUGGAAUUUAUUGCUUCUAUUUACUGUGUGUCUGUGCAUCUAGCCUUUGACCGAUCUGCAGCUGGAGUGAUGAUCUUUGUGAAAGGCCAGUUUCUCUUACUACGCCGAUAUUGUGAGAAUAUUGCGGGUAAGGGGAGAAAAUGUAAUAUUAGCAAUAAUAGAGACAGGCGAGCUUUGUAUCGCAUUAAAUAUUGUCAUCAAAGAACAUUAAUUCUAAACGACAUUGUCGAAAAAUUGGGAAAAUUACUAAAAAAUGUUAUGGGGAUAUAUUAUAUACAAGUCACUUUAACUAUGUGCUCAGUAGCAAUACGUUUGAAAAUGGAGGUGCUCAGCCUCACCGAACUGUUUUCCCUCGUGCAAUACUUAGGAGCAACGCUUACUCAGCUGUUUCUGUUUUGCUACUUCGGAAGUGCUGUUAGUGAUGCGAGUACAAUAUCACUAGGCCAGGGUCCCACGGGUUCAUCAUACUGGUGUAUCAGCCCACGGGUCCGUUGUCACCUGGCUCUGCUGGCCAUUGGCACAGCUCAGCCUCGACGUCUGCGAGCUGGCCCUUUCUACUUUCUGGAUCUCACAUCGUUCACUAUGAUUGUACGAGCUGCUUACAGUUGUUAUGCCUGUUUAGGCAAGUGAAGUUUUAGUUAACUUUUUAAAUUUAAAUUAAACUUCAGUAGACUUUUACAAAUUAUUUAUCACAUGCUUAAAACUUCAAUUUGGAAACAUUCAAAU